AUGCCUACGAUAGAAACAUUGAAUUUGAUAGCCGAACAACUAAAUAUCUACAUUGGUAUAUUUUUGUUAUUUAUCGGUGAUGUAUCUGGUCUAUUUAAUAUCAUUCUUUUUCGACAAAAAGCAUUUCUUAAAUCUUCAUGUUCAUUUUAUCUCUCAUUAGCAUCCGUCGCUGAUUUAUUUUUAUUAAAUAUUGUUUUAUCAACGCGUAUUUUACAAUAUGGUUUUCAAAUAAAUUUAAUGUCCGGUUCUAUUAUUAUAUGCAAAGUGAGAUAUUAUAUAUCUGACGUCUCAUGUCUAUGUUCACUGACAUUUUUUAUAUUAGCCUCAACGGAUCGUUAUAUGUCAACAUGUCAUCAAGCAAAACAACGACAGCGAUUUCAUUUUAGUACUCAUAGAAAAGUAGUUCUUUUAAUAAUUAGUAUUACAACAUUUUGGUUAUUAGCUGUGUCCCAUCGUCUAGUUUACUACGAUAUUUAUAAGACAAGUAAUACAACACAAACGUGUAUGUCUCAACCAGGUAUUUAUACCUACUAUGAUACAUAUUUUGAAGCUCUGUUUGUCGGUCUUUUACCACCUAUAUUCAUAUGCAUAUUUGGUUUAAUAAUCUUACAUAAUAUUAAAUGUGUUAUUCGACGACAAAUCGGACCUGCAGAUCAAAAUAAUACAAGACUAAGUCGUAUUCAAUAUAUUGAUCAACAAUUAACAUUUAUGUUAUUGUUACAAACUGUUAUUGCAAUGAUAUCAUUUAUACCUUAUUCUAUACAAUUAUUGUAUUCUCUAAUAACAGAACAACAGUACAAAUCAGCAGAACGAUUGGCUUGGGAGAACUUGAUCAUUCAUAUCAUUCGAUUAUUAUCGUAUUCGUAUUACUGUUUUAGUUUUUAUGUUUAUUUAAAAUCAAGUGAAACGUUUAGAAAACAGUUUAUACAAAUAUUUAAAUCAUCCGUAAAGGAAAACUUUGAAUUGAAAACAAUAAUACAUCC